AUGGCCGACAAGGCCAUCAAGCGCUUCCAGGUCCGUAACAUGGUGGACGCAUCCUCGCAGAGGGAUCUGAGGGAGGCCAGUGUGUACUCGAGCUUCAUGCUCCCCAAGCUCUACAUGAAGAUGCUCUACUGCGUCUCCUGCGCCAUUCACGGUCGUGUGGUGCGCGUCCGCAACAAGGUGCUGCGUGCCAGCCCCGAAGGACGUGUCUACAAGCCACCACAGAAGGGCGGCGGCAAGGGCAACUGA